AUGAAGCAAAAACUAGAUGACAAUGACAAUGACGAUGAUAACGAUAGAACGGAAAAAACGGUCAUCACAUUAGCAAACGACAGAAGGUGGAACAAUUCAAAGCUUUUCCCACAAGGCAGUGCAACAAGCAAGACAGAAUGUGGUGUGGCCUUGACCAACAAACAAUGCAACUUAGUCACAUCUAAACGUUAUUAUAACAACAAAUACAUCAACAAUAUUGACUCUUCAGCUUGUUCUUCAUUUAUUUAUUGA